AGCCGUGAGGUGAGAUAGAGCAUGGGGCCGAAACCCAGAGCGAAGCAGAGAGCGAGAGAUGAUUCCGGUGCGCUCGACUGCCACUUGUAGGCGAUAAGAUCCACCACUGGAGUUGCAAUGGCGGCUUAAUUGAUGCAUUGAAGUCUCAGUGCUGCCGGGAGAGAAGGGAGAGAAGGCGCUACAUGUGGUCGCGGCGAGGGCGUGGAGCUUGGGAGUUCAGGGGUUAGCUGGAUGUGGGAUCGGCGGCCGGGUCCGAGGGAUUGAUACUGUGAGAGAUUAUGGCGACGAUCCACCAGACGAACUGCUUCUGCAAGAGCGUGGCGUCGAAUAAUAGAAUUGAGAAGGUCUUGACUCCAAGGCUGCAAGAUGUUGGGGUUACCACUUCUCGUAUCAGCCGGACAUUGUCGUUGAAGACGUCGGCAAUUGAGGCCCUGGUGGUGCAGGUGACUCCUCUGAAGGCUGUCUCAUCCUCGUCUUCCAGCCGCAAUGGCGUGUGGUGCAGCGCGGUGGAGUCGUCCAUCGGUGCAUGGCCGCAAACCCCCGCGCCCGAGAACACUCUGACGUUCUCGGCCGACCCCAGCGAAAGAAACCAAGAGCAGGAGCAGAUGCUGAAGGAUCUGGCGGACUCGGACGAGACGAAGCGCGCGAAGACUCUGCUUAACGUCGUGUUCGUGUCUGCGGAAGUGGCGCCGUACUCGAAAACCGGUGGGUUGGGAGACGUGUGCGGGUCUCUGCCGAUUGCGCUGGCACAGAGGGGGCACCGCGUGAUGGUGGUGGCUCCGCGGUACAUGAACGGGGUGACGGACGCGAUGUACGAGGGCGCGUUCGAUUGCCAGUGCCGGAUUCCGGUGGCGUGCUUCGGGGCGACGCACGAAGUGGCGUUCUUUCACGAGUUUCGGGCGGGGGUGGACUGGGUGUUCGUGGACCAUCCGUCGUACCAUCGGCAGGGAACGCCGUACGGGGAUACGAGGGGCGCAUUCGGCGACAACCAAUUCAGGUUCACUCUUCUGUGCCACGCAGCGUGCGAGGCGCCGUUGGUGCUGGCGCUGGGCGGGUACACGUACGGGGAGAAGUGCGUGUUCGUGGCGAACGACUGGCAUGCGUCGCUGGUGCCCGUGCUGCUGGCGUCGAAGUAUAGGCGGCACGGCGUGUACGUGAACUCGCGGUGCAUUUUGGCGAUCCACAACCUGGCGCACCAAGGGGUGGAGCCGGCGACGACGUUCAGCAACCUGGGCAUCCCGCUGGAAUGGUACGGGGCGCUGGAGUGGGUGUUCCCGGAGUGGGCUCGAUUGCACGCGUUGGACAAGGGGGAGGCGGUGAAUCAUCUGAAGGGGGCGGUGGUGACGUCGGAUCGGAUUCUGACGGUGAGCCAGGGGUACGCAUGGGAGAUCACGACUCCGGAGGGAGGGUGCGGGCUGGACAAGCUGCUGGGGAGCCGAGCUGCUGUGAUCAACGGCAUCACGAACGGCGUGGACGUGGACGACUGGAGCCCUUCGGUGGACCGGCAUUUGCCUGCGACGUUCACGGUGGGAGAUAUGGCGGGGAAGGCGGAGUGCAAAGCCGCGCUGCAGAGGGAGUUGGGGCUGCCGGUGAGGCCGGAGGUGCCGCUGAUCGGGUUCAUCGGGCGGCUGGAUUACCAGAAGGGGCCGGACAUCGUGCAAGAGGGGUUGCCGGAGCUGAUGACGGACGACAUCCAGGUGGUGAUGCUGGGGAGCGGGGACACGGAGAUGGAGAAGUGGAUGAAGUGGGCGGAGACGCAGUACAGGGAGAAGUUCCGGGGGUGGGUGGGAUUCAGCGUGCCGGUGGCGCACAGGAUCACGGCAGGGUGCGACAUCCUGCUGAUGCCGUCUCGAUUCGAGCCAUGCGGGCUGAACCAGCUGUACGCGAUGCGGUACGGGACGAUCCCAGUAGCGCACGCAACGGGCGGGCUGCGGGACACGAUCGAGAACUACAACCCGGAUGCGAACAACGGAGAGGGGAGCGGGACGGGGUGGAUAUUCUCGCCGCUGUCGAAGGACGCGAUGGUGAACAGUCUGUGGGGCGCGAUCUUCGCGUACCGGAACGACAAGGAGGGGUGGGCGCGGAUGCAGGAGCGGGGGAUGGAGAAGGACGUGUCGUGGACGCGGUCUGCGCUGCAGUACGAGCAAGUGUUCGAGUGGGCGAUGAUCGAUCCACCGUAUGCGGCGUAAGGCGUGUGCAGGGCAUUUUUUUUUUAGUGGAUGCUCUAAUAGAAUCUUCUCGGUUAGAUUGGGUUACUCAAUAGUGUUGGGAUCCAUGGUUUCCUUUCCGUCUUUAACUAUUAAUGUUGGCUGUUGAAGUUUAGGUUUCUUUAGAAUUUUCCCGAGAUAUAGUUGUAGUGUUUACGAGGAAGUGUAGGUUCAGGUAGUAAGUCGUGAUCUCUUAUUGGUAACCAGAACCGUAAUCUUGUGAAUUACUGCAAAUUAGGAGAAUUUGCUACAAGAGUGUUCUGGAGGUGGUGUUUCUUCAGAGAGGUUCUUUUUAGUGGAAUUAUUAUGCUACAAUAUUGCACUUAAUGUGAUUAGUUUCUCAUACGAUGAGAAAUUUUUCCUUCAUA